AUGACUGCCAAUUCUAUCCCUUCCAUCCGUAUCUCACCCGAAACAGACGGGUAUCAACUUCCCUCUCUACACUAUCCUUCUUCUAACUCUGAGACCACUAACAUGAGAACCGUUGCCACCCCUUCCAUCUCACAGUCCUCUAAAGCUUUUGAUCCUCAUCCCUACAACGCUUUGGCACUAGACGAUUUCAUCAUCACUGAAAUGUAUGAUCAACUCCAGAAGGAUGACUGUGAUUAUCCAAGCAGCCCUUUUCUCCCAGAUGAUGGAAUUCACCGCCACACUUCGACCGAGUCCGUCGCUACAAGGGAUCUUAUUCUCCCACCACGUGUUCCAGGUCAUCACCGCAGCCACUCUGCACCGUCCAUUUCCCGGGGCCGCAUUGCAACCCAAGCAAUGCUAGAUGCAAAUGCGCGACGUCGGGUGCAUGACGCUCAGUUCACGUGCGGCGAGUGUCACCAGACGUUCACGGCACAGUUUAGUCUGAAGCGUCACCAGCGGUCACACACAGGCGAACGUCUAUUUCAGUGCAGCAUUCCAGGCUGUGGGCAGAAAUUCUACAACAGCAGCGACUGCAAACGUCACGAGAAGAGCAAGAAACGGCUCGCUGUUGUUGCGUCAAAUUCCUCGACAUGGCCUGCGGCUGAGAUACGGAACCGGCACCCUAGUCAUGAAUGUGUGACUUGGUCUGACUCAGGCUCCAAUGAGCGCCACACUGCUAAGCAGUGGACGACCUCUGUCAGCUAUCAAACAUGA